CGGGAUUUGAUUCAGCGGAAUCCUAUUCUAAUUCCACUUCCCAUCAUAGUUAGAACCAACGAUUCAAUUCAAGCUUCAAAGACAAACCAGACUACCAGAGUGUCGGAAAGUUUACCCGGUCAUUUCAUGACUCGCCCACAUAACCGAGUUAACUCGUCCGAUUGGGGAACAAAGUCUCCGACGAAGACAACGGCACGCUCCACAAAUUAGUCUUCCAUUUGACCUGAUCAAACCGUAAACACAUUCGCUUAAGUCUAAUUUGUUGACUACCCAGACAAAACCAAAGACAAAUUAAAUCUCGGUAAUGUUAAGUUAACGCUUCUCAUGGAGAUCUACUGAUCUCUCUCUCUCUCUCUCUGUCUCUCUCUCUCUCUGAGUGGAGGAAGAGAGACCCAAUUUAGCAGUGGGUUUUUCCUUCCCAUCAUGCUAGUUAAAUCCAUCAACUGUGUCGUCGUGGCAAUUAUGUUGGGUUUUGCUAUUUUGAUCCUCUUCGGAUCUGGGUUCCUCGAAUUUCCAUCUGUCUCCUCUCCCAUUUCAUCCUUUUCUGAAUCCAAAAUUUCGGAUAAAGGGGUUCCAGAUCCGUUCACAAGCUUGGUGGGCGCAUUUAGAAAGUGGGAUUAUGAGGUGGGCUGUGCUCGAUUUAAGGAAAAGUACAAAGGGUCGUCCACAAAUGGCUCUUCUUUGCAGGAUGUUGAUGGUGCUAUCGAUUGUGGAGAGUUGAAGAUGAAUCAUGUUAUUGUUCUGGUUAAAGGGUGGACCUGGAUUCCAGAUAAUUUGGAUAAUCUUUAUCCAUGCCGAUGUGGGUUGAGCUGCCUCUGGACCAAGUCCCCUGUGCUGGCCGAUAAGCCCGAUGCGUUGUUGUUUGAGACCACUACACCUCCAUCUCUGAGGCGCAAAGGUGACCCGCUUCGUGUUUACAUGGAUCUUGAGGCAGGCAGGAGACGAUCAGGCCUGGAGGAUAUUUUCAUUGGUUAUCAUGCUAAAGAUGAUGUCCAAUCAACUUAUGCUGGCACCCUCUUCCAUAACAGUCGAAAUUAUCACCUAUCCUCAUCUAAGCGGAAUGAUACGCUUGUUUACUGGUCUUCCUCAAGGUGCCUUUCUCAUAGAAACCAACUGGCCAUGAGUCUCCUUAAAUUCCUACCUUACCACUCCUUUGGCAAGUGCUUGAACAAUGUUGGGGGCCUAGAUAAGGCGCUUGAUUUCUAUCCAGAAUGUGCCAAUGCUAACUCACCUCCCAAGUGGUGGGAUCAUCUUCACUGUGCAAUGUCACACUACAAGUUCGUACUUGCAAUUGAGAACACUGUUACAGAAAGCUAUGUGACCGAGAAACUAUUUUAUGCCCUAGAUGCAGGUGCUGUUCCAAUCUAUUUUGGUGCAUCAAAUGUGUUGGACUUUGUCCCCCCUCAUUCAAUAAUAGAUGGGACUAAAUUUAGCUCCAUGGAGAAACUAGCUUCCUACGUGAAAGCCCUUGCAAAUGACCCGGUUGCUUAUGCAGAGUACCAUGCAUGGAGGAGGUGUGGUGUAUUGGGAAGCUAUGGGAAGACCCGUGCAGCAAGCCUCGACACAUUGCCAUGCCGGCUAUGUGAGGCUGUAAGUAGAAGAGGGGGGAGGAAUGAAAGAACGCUGUGAAAACUUUAUAUGAGUUUUCUUACUUGAAGGGGAUACAAUUUCUUUAUAAUGAUUGUUGUAACGUCCAUGAGGGCAAGACAUCUUUGCUGAUUACAAAUCAUGAAUAUUUUUAUCAGGAAGUUGUGCAGGAGGCCUCAAGGAAGAGGAUGCUAAGCUCUUUCAAUUCUAUCUAGCAAUGGCUUGCUUACUCAUCAAUCUGGACCAUUCUCAUUCAAUCAGUUAGUCACCAUCUCUUGGACAUGUCUGGCCCAGAAACAAACGGCAACUUCUGGUUGUGAUGAAAAGAUUUUUGUUCCUUUGAGCGAUGCUUGUAUAUUCCACACCGUUAUGUAUUAAUUUUAGUCAGAGCUUUAGUAUUGUUGAUAGGUUGGUCCGGCAUAAUGUUUUAUAUGCGCUAUUUAUGGACUCAUUUGAUUUUUCCUCAAUCCCCAUGUUAGCUUUCCUCA